AUGGCCGCGCCUCAAGCUCCUGCUGACGACAAUAACGAAGAAGUUGAUGGCUUCAGUGGCUCCAAGUCAUUCUCCGAAUUAGGCGUAGAUUCAUCGAUCUGUGAAGCCAUUGCGGCGGUAGGCUGGUCGGCGCCUAGUAAAAUCCAGCAACAAGCGAUUCCUCAUGGUCUAGCGGGCAAAGACAUCAUUGGAUUGGCUGAAACAGGCUCAGGCAAAACUGGGGCCUUUGUGAUUCCAAUCUUACAAAGUUUGCUGCAAAAUCCGCAGCGUUUGUAUGCACUUGUAUUAGCGCCAACGCGAGAACUGGCGUAUCAGAUUGGCGAACAGUUUGAGGCUUUAGGUGCGUCAAUCGGUCUAAAAUGUGCUUGUGUUGUUGGUGGCAUCGACAUGAUGCAGCAGCAGGUAGCUUUAGCUCGCAAGCCUCAUGUAGUCAUUGCUACUCCGGGACGUCUUGUAGACCAUUUGGAGAACACGAAAGGCUUUAGUCUUCGCACAAUUAAGUACUUGGUGCUAGACGAAGCGGAUCGGAUGCUAAGUAUGGACUUUGAAGAGGAGAUUAAUCAGAUUGUACAGCUCAUGCCAACUGAACGCAACACGUACCUGUUUAGUGCCACGAUGACGUCCAAAGUGAAGAAAUUGCAACGAGCAUCGCUCAAAGAUCCGGUCAAGGUGGAGAUCACGCACAAGUUUGCGACACCGGAGACACUAAAGCAGCACUACCUCUUUAUUCCGGCAAAAUUCAAGGACUGCUAUUUGGCUUACGUGCUCAAUGAGGUGGCAGGCCAAUCUGUGCUUAUCUUUGCCAGUACGUGCAACGGCACGCAAAAGGUGACACUCAUGUUGCGCAACUUGGGCUUUCAAGCUAUUUGUCUGCAUGGUCAAAUGCCUCAGCCAAGUCGUCUUGGAGCUUUGAACAAGUUCAAGGCCAAGGCGAGAAACGUGCUGGUGUGUACGGAUGUGGCAUCCCGUGGACUGGAUAUUCCGAGUGUUGAUGUGGUCAUCAACUACGACAUCCCGACACACGGCAAGGAUUACAUUCAUCGAGUAGGUCGUACGGCUCGUGCUGGGCGAGCUGGUGUGGCCAUUUCAUUUGUCACUCAAUAUGACGUCGAACUGUACCAGCGUAUUGAACACUUGCUGGGCACCAAAUUGGACGCUUAUCCGUGCGAAGAGGAAACUGUGCUGGUUAUGUCGGAGCGAGUCAAUGAGGCGCAACGUAUUGCUACCAUUGAGAUGAAGGAGGCGGCUGCAAAUGGUACAGGUCCUAAGCGUGGACGUUACUCGCGUGAUGAUGACGAGGGUGAGGUGGAGAAAGAAGGUGACAAGCGAUACAAGUCGGCAAGUCGUGUGCAGAAAGGAGGUCGCGGGCGUGGUGGACGAGGUGGACGCAGCGGCCGAAGUGGCCGAGGCGGCAGAGGCAAGCGAAAUUAG